UAGGUGACAAGGUUAACAGUAAUAAAAAAAAUUAAAAAGAUAAACUGUUUAAUAAUCGAUACAGCAGAAGAAACAAAAACAUUUCUAUAACUUUAUGUUUUCAGGAAAAAUUAUUUAAUGUAAUUUGAGUAUCUUCAAAUUUAAGAAUAAGAAAUAUUUAUUAAAAAAACUUCAAUUUUAAAGUUUCUUCAUUGAUAGUGUGACCACGUGUUUUAUUGCAAUUUUAAAGUUAUACAAAUUGCUAUGACUUCUGAAAAUGGCGUGGCAAGGGCUAUUUGAAAUCAAACAAUGUUUCUAAUUUUUUGAAGCUUAUGGAAUGGGUGUUUCUCAAGGUUAAAGAACUGAAAAUGAAUAAUUUUAUUAUUAAUUACGUUUUUAUCGUAGUUUUCGUUUUUCUGGAAGUUCGAGCUCGUUUAAUACUUAGUGGUUUUCCAAGUAAGUAUAAUGAAUAUAUUGGAAUAGAAUCAGUGAGUGGAAAGGCAAUAUUCACAUGUGAUGUUGAAAGUGAUUCUCCUUUUGAAUUAAAGUGGUAUCGAAAUGGUAUUGAAUUUAAUUUUACGACAGGUCCACCUUGGUUAAUUAAGCAUCCAGGUGAGUCAGGAGUAUCAGUUUAUCUGUGGCCUUUUAGUCAUCCACGUGCACAAGGUGUUUAUGAAUGCAAAGCAAGCAAUGGCAUUGAUGUCUCACUUACCCGCAAAAUAAAAUACAUUUCUAAACCAGCUCAAUUAUUGACAAAUGAAUUUCCUAAAGGCCCAAAAUUUCAAAAACUACCUUACGGAAAUAUAUAUGUAGGUGGAAACAUAACUUUAUACUGUAAUGCUAGUGGAAAAGGAGUUAAUGAAAUCAGCUGGUUUCUAAAUCUUAUUCCUAUAUCCAAGCAAUCAAAUGCAUUUAAAUAUCAGUUAAGUAAUGGUAACACAACAUUAGUCUUGUAUGAUUUGGGUUUUCUGAAAAAUGCAGCUAUAUCUUGUUAUGUCGCUAAUGCCGUGGGUAUUCAACAAAUGGAUGAAAUGUUUUUUUCUACAAUACAACCUACAUUACCUCCAACCAAUGCACCUCCUCCAGGAAGUGCCCCAAUCAUUACAGUUAAACCAGCAAAUAUUUCUGUAGAUGGCCCUGAGCAAACUAUAGACUUUGAUUGUCAAGCCACAGGUCAACCUGCUCCGAAAUUUAGCUGGAAAGGUCCGAAGGGAUAUAUAAAGCAAAAAGUUGAUGAUGGAAAAUUGCAACUUUAUGUUAUGGAAAGUGGCUCUGUGACAUGUUUUGCUGAAAACUAUGAGGGUGUUGACGCAGCAACUGCAUAUUUUGAUGUCAAACCAACUCCAUUUCGACCAUAUGAAGUAAAAUCUGUUCCAGAUGAAAUGACGCAAACUUCAUUUUCAUUUGUAAUUUACCCUAACCCAGCAGAGAAUGAUUACCAUUCUAAAAUCCCAAUCACUUAUGCAGUGUUAGAAACAAAGCCAUACACUGGGUUAGAAAAACAGUAUGUGUCUGGCUUAAAUUUAAUAAAAGUUAAUAUUGAUGGCAAAGCACCUUGGAAGCAUACAAUAAAAGAAUUAUUACCUUGGACACAAUUAUAUAUGCGUGUCAGACUUGGUAAUUUGUAUGGUUUAGGGAAUCCAUCAAAAUGGAGCGAAUUUUAUACAAAGAUGGCGCCUCUUGAUCUACCAGUGCAGAAUUUAAAGAAUGUAGCUCUUUCUAAGAAAUCUUUUACUUUAAGUUGGGAAGACCCUGAAAGAUUGAAUGGCAAAAUAUCACACUAUGAAGUUUCUUUAAGAUUUGAGCCUACCAUACGCUGGUUAACAUAUAAGGUUUAUGAUUACCAAAAGUAUUAUAAAUAUGACUGGGAAGGUAAUGAUGAAUUUCACUUUGGUUCUCCUAUUGUUCAUUGGAAAGUGCAGAUUGUUGGUCUUGAUGGUUUAGGCCCAAUCUCUCAGGAAAAAGUAUUUAGAGUAGCUAUUGGAGCCCCAGGUUUUGUCACUAAUUUAUCAGUGAUAGCUUUCGGUUCAAGACAUGUUCGACUGUAUUGGAAUUCAACAGAUGAUGUUGGAAGUGGUAUUAUUGCUUACAAUAUAGAGUGGAGAAAAAAAAAUAGUUUGAAUGAAUGGCAGAUUCUCAAGUCACAAGUGGUAACAGAUAACUGGGUGGAUGUAAAAGAUCUUAAACCAAAUCAAGAAUAUGAGUUCAGAGUUAUUCCUGAGAGUUCCACUUCUCUAGGUGUUCCAUCAAAAACUGCUUCAGCAAAAACUUUGACAGAUUCUCCAACUGCUCCUCCUCAGUAUGUACGAGGGUUUGCAACACGUGCUGAAUCUAUUGAGGUUUUUUGGGAAGAGCCAGAACUUGAUCAUCAAAAUGGAAACAUUACUGGUUAUAAAGUAUACUUUACUCGCAAGAUCGGUAGGAAACCUUUGUUUUUGACUGCUGGGGGAAAUGCACGCAGCAUUUACAUACAAGGACUUAGCAAGUUUACUCAAUAUUCUGUGUGGGUUGUUGCUUUUAACGAGAAAGGGGAUAGUCCUCCAAGUCCAAUAUUUGAGCUUUAUACCAAAGAAAAAGUUCCUGAAGGCGCACCUCAGUCAGUGCAAGCUCAAGCGUUGAAUGAUACUUUUAUUGCAGUAACAUGGCUUCCUCCACUUUUAAGUUUGCAAAAUGGUCGCAUUUUUGGGUACAAGAUAUAUUAUAGAAAACAUAAAGACACAGCAGAAUUUGGCGAAGAGUAUUAUAUAAAGUUAUAUGGAGAAUCAUUGAAGGAUGCUGUAUUACAUGAAUCUAUAUCUGCUGACCAAGACUAUCGUAUAAAUGUUGCUGCUUUUACAGCUCUUGGAGAUGGGUUCAAAAGUGCUAAUAUUUAUUUGAAAACUCCUCCAAAUCUUCCAUCUGCUCCUAGUGUACAAUCUGAAAUAGAUUAUACAACAAAUAAAGUCACUUUAAUUUGGAGACCAGCUACUAAUUUUGUUGAAUACUAUAAGAUAGAAUAUGGAAAAAGUUUACGCAAGUAUGAUAUGCUGUCACAUAAGAAGGGUAAAUUGGUUGCAUCUGAUAUACGAAAGUCUUUAUUUGAUGACUUGGAUUCUGGUGUUUGGUAUUGUUUUAUGGUAUCUGGUGAUUUGGGCAAGCAUGAUGGUUGGACUGCAACAUCAAUUGUCUGGGAAAGAACUUCUGAUGGUGUCCCAUCAAGUCCUCCUUUAUAUUUUGAAGGAAUAACUGAAUCAUCCUCAUCAAUAAAGUUGCAGUGGGAAAAACCAGACCCAUGGAAACGCAACGGCAUUAUUAUUGGCUACUAUAUUGACUAUAAAAGUUUUGAUGAGCGUCGUUGGAGAAAUAUUAGGUACCAAACCUCUGAAAAUGAUGUUGAGACUUUUUUGUUGACAGAUCUCACAGCAAGUACCCGUUACAAAAUCAGAGUGCAAGCUUUUACCCAAGUAGGUAAUGGACCAUUUUCAGAAGAAAUUCAAGUGAUGACCAGCCAAGAAGUUCUUCCAAUUGUAAGUAAGCUGCGCGUGUUAGAAGUGGAAACAACAUCUGCUUACAUUCACUGGAGUGAUCCUGUAAACACAAUGAAAUUCAAAUCUAAUCUUAAAUUCAUUAUCAUUUAUACAGCACAAAAAUUAUAUCGGACCUCAAAUGGAAUUGUGGACAGUUUUAGGUACAAUAAAACAAUAACAAUCUUUGCAAAACAGCUACAACUUAGUGAAUUGCUUCCUUGUACAACAUAUGAAGUUUUUGUCAAAGUAGAAACUGAGGAAGCAGGCACUGGUGAUCCUGUGACCACAAAUUUUACAACAGUAUGUAAAGCUCCGACUGAUGUUCCUGUCCCUUAUUUAAAUACAAGUGUGCAAGAUUCUAAUAUUAUUCCAUUGCAAAUUUAUCCCGCAUCUAAUAUACAUGGUUUAAUUGAUCAUUAUGAGCUUUUUGUUAUUGAUGUUAAAAAUUCUUCUGUACUUUCAUCAUCAAUAAAGUCAACAAACUUUGCUAGUGCUAAAGAUCAUCGCUCUCGACGUCAUAUAAAUAACAACACAGAAAGUUCUAUUAAACCAGACUUUUAUGUUGCUGCAAUGUUUACUGACGAUGAGCUUCCGAAACUUUUUAAACUUGGUGAUGGCUCAAACGACAAUAGAAAACUUAUAGGUGGCCAUUAUUACUCAACAUUUUUGCGUGCUUAUGUCAAGAUCUCAACAGAUAUUUUCCAUACAGAUUCAGAAUUAAGCAAACCUAUAAGAUUUGGUCCAACAACAGAUGUCAGUAGAAGUAAGUUACCUGAAGAUAAAAAUAGCUCUAGUUUUAUCAUAAUUGGAGCAGCAUCAGCUGGUGGCUUGUUUCUUUUACUAGCAGUUGGCUUUUUGGUUCUUUUAUGGAAAAGAAAUCACAGGCCUAUAUAUUCUGGAGAAGAUUCUAAACUUUUAAAAAAGAAAUCAAAGCGUUCUUUCAGAAACCCCAAAAACCUUGCUGAUCCUACUGAGGUUCAUCGUUUGCAUUGCAAUACACCUGGUAUGAUUAGCCAUCCACCGAUAAAUAUAGAAACUUUAUCAAAGCACGUAAAAAAUUUAAAACUUGAUAAUGGAAUAAAAUUUAUUCAAGAAUUUGAAUCCAUCCAAUCUUCAGAAAAAUAUUCUUCAGAAGUUGCUAGGUUAAACAUAAAUCUUUCAAAGAAUCGAUAUCCAAAUGUUGUUGCAUAUGAUGAAACUCGUGUUAAAUUAGAAUGCCCGUCCCAUAAUUCUUCAGAUUAUAUAAAUGCAAAUUACAUUGAUGGAUAUUGCAAACAAAAAGCAUACAUUGCUACACAAGGUCCAAUGAAAAACACAAUCAAUGAUUUUUGGCUUCUUUGUUGGGAACAAAAUGUUCAAGUUAUUGUUAUGGUUACAAAACUUGAAGAAAGGGGAAGAUCAAAGUGUGAACAGUAUUGGCCUGAUCAUGGCUCAGAAAUAUAUGGAAGUAUUAGAGUAGAAUUCAAGUCAGAACUCAAAUUAUGCAAUGAUUGUAUACGAACUUUUGAAAUUUCUUCCACAGUCAAUGGCGAAGUUCGGACUGUUAAACAUUAUCAAUAUUUACAGUGGCCAGAUCCUGGAGUGCCCUCCUGCCCUGGUCCAGUCCUUGCAUUUGUUAGACGAGUUCAUUCUUUUGAACCUCCUGGUUGUGGUCCAACUGUUGUUCAUUGUAGUGCAGGUGUUGGUCGUAGUGCUUGUUAUAUUGCUAUUGAUGCAAUGCUAGAACGUAUAAAGUAUGAUAACAUGAUUGACAUUUAUGGUUACGUAAACAUGAUGCGUUCACAAAGAAACUUUAUGGUUCAAACUGAUGAGCAAUACAUGUUUGUGUAUGACGUUCUUGUUGAAGCUAUUGAAUGUGGAGUGACCGAGUUGACAUCUCGAGAAUUUUCAGCAGAAUUUAAACAAUUAACUGCUUUGUUAAACAAUGGCAGGGAGACUCUUCUUGAAACCCAAUUCAAAAGUUUAUCAACUGUUGAUGAAUAUGACUCUUCUGCAAUGACAGCUGCUUAUGCUAACGAUCAUAAAAAUCGAUCAAAAGUUAUUGUUCCAUUUGAUUCCAAUCGUGUACAACUUCAGCCAUUAAGAAGUCAUGAAGGUAGCGAUUAUAUUAAUGCAUCUUACAUUGAUGGAUAUUAUCGCCCUAGCCAGUUUAUAGCUACACAAGGGCCUAGUGAAAAGACUGCUGCUGAUUUUUGGCGCAUGAUUAUGGAUAUAAAUUGUACGAUCGUUGUUAUGGUGACAAAUCUUGAUGACAAAGAUGGACAUGAGCAAUGUUACCAGUAUUGGCCUAAUUCAAAAUCAAUGAAUCAUCAUUUGUAUGUUAUUGAUCCAAUCAACGAAAAUAGAUUUGCAAAUUUUAUUAUUAGAGAGUUUAAAGUCUCUGAUAUCAAGAAUGAUGUCAUUCGAAAUAUACGUCAGUAUCACUAUUUAAACUGGCCUAUUGGUCGAGUACCAGACUCAUCUGAAAGUUUUAUAGAGUUUAUCGGCCACGUGCAAAAAGCUAGUGAUAAAUUCAGUCCUUUGUCGCCUAUUGUGGUGCACAGCAGUCUUGGCGCUGGUAGAACUGGAGUGUUCAUAACUCUUAGUAUUGCGUUGGAAAGUUUACGCAAUGAAGAUAAAGUAGAUAUAUAUCAGAUUGUUAAAUCUCUUCGCCACCAAAGGACAUAUAUGGUUGAAUCACUUGAACAAUACGAAUUUUGUUAUAAAGUGGUAUUUGACUUUCUUAAAAACUUCGACUUCAUAGCAUGAUAUAGAAGGGUCGUUUUAUUUUUAAAUACGUUAUAAGCGUUUUGACGCUUUAAAAGCGUUAUACAUGCUUUAUAAGCAUUAUACAUGCUUCAUAAGCGUUAUACAUAUAUGGAUAUGCGUUAUAAGCAUAUAAUAUUUUUGUUGCUAACUUAAAACAAAUGUAAGACGAUGCGAGUCUUGCAAACAUUUUACAACUUUGAGGUGAAAUUUUUAAUGUAAAAAGUGGUUUCUGCGUUAAAUCCGUCUUCAUGGUAUAUUUUUGUGUUUUUAUGUUUUAUAAUUUCUUUUAUAUCAAAUGUGAUUAGUUCAUAUGGUUUUAUAUUUUAUAGUUGUUCAUAUGAUUUGAAUAUUUCGUAAUUUACAUACCAUGUUUAAUGUUUAUGUUUAUGAUAAAGUUAUAUUGUUCAUGUUAUUUGUAACAUACAAUUGAUUAUUUCAUAUCGUUUUAAAUGGUUAUAAAAACGUUUCUUUAUAUAUUUUGUUAAAACUUUUUUUGAGGUCACAAAAUAGAAAGUUCACAAAUCUCUUUUCAAUUAAAUCAAUCGAUAAAAUGUUUAGUUUGCAAUUAUAAUAUUUUGCGUUUGCGUCAAGUAUUCUAAUUUGCA